CUCUAGAAGCGGGGGUUUGCCGGGAAUCAUAGUUUUACUUUGCCAACUCUCCAAUUUUUUUACAACACUGCUGAAGAAUGUUGAAACUCAGCAUCCCAUAGAACACUGCUAUCAUAUCUUCCUCCCAUGUGACUUCAUGUGUUUAUAGAUGCAACAUUUUAGCUAUCACUAAUUUGUUAGUUAGCUGUCUCUCAUACGAUAAAAAGCUAUUUGCAAGACAUUUAAGGGAGCACAAAAAAAGUGUUAAGUGGAACGGUUGCUGGAAUAGCUACUGUCGUGCCCCUUGUUCGUGUGUUGAGAAGUGACAACGUAAUAGCUAGUUCCCCAGCUAAAAACAGGCGAGCUAGCUUGUUUUUUUUAAUGGACCAGCCUGUGAGACCGCUAACGUUAUCUAGCUAGCCAAAAGAAGCAUAUUGAAGCCUAAUGAUUGGAAUUUAGGGGGCUUUUUGCUAAAGGAAUUGCAAGGCACUUCAUCUUCUUACAGUGAUGGAGGAAGUUGAUAAGAUUUUAAUUCACUCCCUUAGACAGACCGGCACGGACGUGGGGGAGGAUGUACAGAGUGUGAAGCGCUUCUCCAGUGAGCUCAUAGUGGAGGCGGUAGUGAAAUGUCUGCGAGUGAUCGACCCGGCCCUGGGGAGCAGCCUGUCCCACUCCUUACCCCCCGGCAUGUCUGCCCGCUUUCGAGUGGGCAUGAGCCUGGCACAGGCCUGUCAGGACCUUGGCUACAAGGGAGAGAUUGGCUACCAGACCUUUCUUUACAGCAAUGAGCCAGAGAUCCGCUCCCUGCUCAUGUUCCUGGUGGAGAAGCUGCCCAGAGAAAGUGCUGAGGCCUUGGACCAACCAGCAGGUAAAUCGGUCCUCCUCCAGAAAUUGAUAGCUGCCCAGAUCAAAGCUCAGCUGGCCUUGCCUUGGCUCCCUCCAUCUUGCAGACUACCCCUCCUAUGUAAAACACAGAUCAUAAAGGAAGCUGGAUUUCAAGGCUGGUCGGUGAAAGUAAACCCAGGACCGUCCCACAGUUUCCACUCUCAGCCCCUUAGUGUACUGCACUGCCUCAAAGUGCCUGGGAAAAAGCAAUUGAAAGGUAAACCCCAGAAUACACAGGGCCCUCUGAUAUGCAAUGACAAGGAAAAUGACUACCACAGGGAAUUUCUUCCCCCUGUGACUGCUCAGCCGUCACAGCAUGCCUCAGUGCCGGCCUCCCUGCUGGAGCUGCAUGCAGGGGAGCUUAGUGCCGCCCAGGAGUGGCAAAAUGAGUGGAACAGCCAAGGCCUUCUUUCCCGCCUCACACCUGAGGAAUAUCGCUCCAGGAAGCGUUCCCGUCUGCAGAAGCGGAUCGAAGAGCAGCUGCGCACUGCGGCCCAGCCUCACUCGGACACCCUCGGUGCCCACAGGUCGGGCUCUGAUCUCACAGAGCUACUGCAGUCCUUUGGGGGCUCCUCCCUCGGUGGUGACAUCCUCGCCAAGGGCACCCGCUUCACUCACACUGAGAAAUUCACUUUCACACAGGAGCCUGCGAAAGCCUCCCAGCAGAUGGCAGCAGCGGCCAGCUCCCUUCCCAGCUCGCAUCAGUCAGAGGAGGAACUGCAGGCCCGACAGCAGGAGGAGCUGGCCUCCCUGCAGCAGCAGCUACAGCAGCUCUCCCUCAGCCUAGAGGAGGUGGGCGGAGACAUGAGGCAGCUCACCGUAUCCAUACUUCAGGUGUCAGAUGAGCUGAAGCAGAAAGAGCUGAGCAAGGCGGAGAAGGAGGACUCUGUGCGGGUGAAGAAGCAGACCAUUGACCUGAUGCCGGACGCAGAGAACAACCUGGCCAAGCUGCAGGCCCUGGUGGAGGGAAGUGCCAAGCGAGUGGUCAACCUUGCCGCGCAGUGGGAGAAACGCAGAGCUCCGCUCAUCGAUGAGCACCGCAGGCUCAAGGAGCUCUGCAGCAACCAAGAGAUUGAGUCCUCCAGAAAGCUAUCUGAAAUCAAAGAGCUUCACAACAAAAUCCGUCAAUCUGCGGAGGAGUCCAAGAAGAAGGAGGCACUGUAUAAACAACUGAUAACAGAGUUUGAGAAUCUCCCCAAAGAUGUCUCCCGCUCAGCAUACACUGCGAGGAUCCUGGAGAUCGUUGGCAAUAUCAGGAAACAGAAGGAAGAAAUUACGAAGAUUCUGUCUGACACUAAGGAGCUGCAGAAAGAGAUUAACAAUCUGACUGGAAAACUGGACCGAACGUUCGCUGUGACUGAUGAGCUGGUCUUCAAGGAUGCGAAGAAAGACGAAUCUGUCCGCAAAUCCUACAAGUACCUGGCAGCCUUACAUGAGAACUGCACUCAGUUGAUCCAAACUAUUGAGGACACAGGCACAAUCAUGAGAGAGAUCAGAGACCUGGAGGAACAGAUUGAAACUGAAAAUGGUAAGAAGACUGUAAGCAACCUGGAGAAGAUCCUGGAGGACUACAAAGCCAUUCGCCAGGAGAACUCUGCUCUGGCUGCCAAGAUCAGAGAGGCCUGACGUGAACCUCCGCAUGAUGCACCGUAGUGGCCACCUGACGUGUCUGCUGGUCAAACUGACUGGUAGCAUGCCCUCGAGACUGCCUGUCCUGUGUGUGUGGAACCAAGAAAGCACACUCCAUCUGGUCUCAAGACUUUCAACGCUGUCCUAUGUCCACUGUCUUGUUGCAUUGCCUUCUGGGAGCACUGACGGCAUAUGGGGAAGGGGAGAUAGAUUUUUGUACCAUUUUUAUGCACAAACUUUAGCUUACCCAAAAACUAUACUGGAUAAAGAAAAGAAGUGUGAUGUGUAACAACACAGCGAUGAAUUAUACUGGCCUUGCAUCCCUGGUGUCCAUACACUGGUUCCAUAUUGAUUCCACCCAAUCAAAAAAUAAGUUUGGAAAAUGAUGCUCUGACUUUUUCUAUUAUAAAUUUGUAGUAGUUCUUCAAAAUUGCAGUAGUUCUGAUAGUGAAUGUCUUAAUGAUCUACUUUGAAGUUCACUGCAAUUCAGGUGAAUUUCUUCAUGUUGGCCCUCAUUCCCCAGAACAAUGCAGUGGUUAGGUACGGCCUAAGAUUCCAUUCAUGCCAUAUUUUGUCUUAACUGGAGUCGAUUUGGAGAUUACUAGGUUUGUCCUUUCUAGUUCAUUCUCAUGCCUUGAAAUCAAAUGCUGCUUUUGUCUGUCUCAUUGGCUCAGUGUUAUUUGGAUUAGGGAGCCUUGGUGCAAAGUAAAUGGCCUCACCUUUUGAGCACUGAUCUCCUGAAAUGGUCUAGAUUAGGUAACAAACCACAUUGAUUGAUGUAAUGAAUCAUGCGAAACUUGUAUAAAAACAAUAACAAAUAUUUGUCAUAGCAUAAAAUGAACAUGUUAAUGAA